GGAGGGUGAAAGCGCUCCGGGUUUUAUCCUCGCAUUCCUGGACACCAAUCAAAAGAGCAAAGCAAAGGAGGUGGAAAAGAGAAAAGGGAGGGGGGAAAUAGAGCAGCGAACGAAAGCAACCGGAGCAUUGGUGCGACCCCGUCCCCAAAAACCAACCAACCCCCCCCCCCUCCAAACACACCCAGCCCCAAACUUCCUUUUCUUUGCUUUUUGGCCACUUCACCCCCAAGAAGCCCAGACCAAAACAAACAGGGACAAGGAGGAGGAAAAGCAAAGCACCAAACCCAACCCCAAAGCCAAAGCGAGCCAGGGCAGCGGCCGGAGCCAGCGCCGAGCCCCUGCUUCGGGCUGCUCCCCGCUUGGCCUCUGCUCCUUCUGCCCCCCCAAAAAACCCUCUCCCUGCACCCCGACUAUGCUAAAUGUUGCUGGGGAGCUCUCAGGAGACUCUUGGGGGAUCUUCACGUUCCUUUGUGCCGCGCUCUGCCACCUGCCCGCGCUGCCGGCGCUGAACUGCACCGAGGAGCUGGGCCCCGGCCACUCCAUCCAGAAGACCUACGACCUGACCCGCUACCUGGAGCACCAGCUCCGCACCCUCGCCGGCACCUACCUGAACUACCUGGGCCCCCCUUUCAAUGAGCCCGACUUCAACCCCCCGCGCCUGGCCCGAGCCGAGCGGGUGCCCAGCGCCACGGUGGACCUGGACCUGUGGCGGGGCCUGACCGACAACGCUCGCCUGGCCGCCAACUACCGCGCCUACAGCCGGGUGCUGUGCUCGCUGCGGGCGCUGGACGCGCAGGGCACGGCCGAGCUGCGCCAUCGCCUCGGCCACUUCUGCUCCAGCCUGCAGGGGCUGGUGCUGAGCAUCGCGGGGGUCAUGUCCUCCCUCGGCUACCCGCUGCCCGCCGGACCCCCAGCCUCACCCAAUGGGGUCCCCGCGCAGCCCGGGGGGGGGCCCCCCAAUGACUUCCUAAAGAAGAUGGAUGAUUUCUGGCUGCUGAAGGAGCUGCAGACCUGGCUGUGGCGCUCGGCCAAGGACUUCAACCGCCUCAAGAAGAAGGUGCCGCCGGCGGUGGUGACGCUGAGGAUGGAGGCGAGGGGGUUCUGAGGUGCCCGCGCCGCAGCAGUGGGGUGGGGAUGG